AUGUCACACACGCGCUGCUCUACCUCUACAACCCCGCCGCUGAUGGAUUUUACAGUGCUGCAUGAGAUCAUCCGUGGUCACAUACGCCGCGGAAACCACUUUGCAGUUUUGGGGCUACUGGCCCUCAGUGUGAUUCACGAGGAUUCGGCUUUUUGGCAGACGUGCACGUACCAUGAUGGGAUUGCGUCUGCAGUGAUCGCUUCUUCGUUAGAGGUCCGUGGGAUAGAAGCACCUCCUGCUCAGGAGACCAGCUCCGCUGGAACCGAGGGCAUCCAGAACUUAAACCACGACCCACUGACAGCAAACGAGCUGUACGCUAUGCUUCAACGCAUACGCGGUGAGGACGCUCUGCUUUCCCGGGUCAUUGGUCAGUUGGAAACGGAUUUCGUCAAGGAAAACAAUAGCAACAACAACGGCGGAAACGGCGACAAGAAGAUUGCUGUGGGCGCGUCUUUGCCGGCUGCAGAGGCGCAGGUGAAGCUUGAGGAGGUGUGCGCCGUACUACAAGAACAUUUCCGAAGCCGCGAUGAAAGAAGAAGCCAGCCACAAGAAGCAUCUAACCCUCUGGCCACCAUUGGGUUUAAGGCGUUGAAGCGUGCACGUGAAUCGGAUGAUCCGGAGGCAAUUUGCGCUGCUCUUGCGGUGGAGGCAACUGCCGUUGUUAAUUCAAAAGUUCGUUCUCCUGGGGCCGCCGACGGUGACGGUGAGAACGGGUGCAGCGAUGCGCUGGAGGUCUUGGCGCGUAUGCCCGCAGUACCCGGUUCCACUUGUGCAUUAACUUCCUUUGAUGCAGUGGCGGGCUUGGUGCGUCACGGAGAACGCGGGGUGCCUGCCUCCCAGAAUUCUGCGGGAGGACGAGAUUUGGGAACCCAAGUGGGUUCGGCGUGUGGCGUUGUCGCCGCAGAGCCGCGGCCGAAGCAGCGACGGCACAAGUUCACCCCUGAGGAGGACGACGCAAUACUGCAGGGCGUGGCGCGAUUUGGGAAGGGGCCUGGAAGGUUUGAAAGUAUACUUUAUGCCUACCGUGGUGUGUGGCACCCUGCUCGGACGGCAACGCAGCUGCAUGAUCACUGGCGGGGAACUCUGCGACAACGGGUUGUUCUCCAGCAGGAAGGCUAUCGAGGAAAAAACACUCUUGCGGCACGUGGAGGUAAAAGUGGAUUGGGUUAG